AUGAUGAAUUGUGCCACCUAUGGAAGAAUGACCCAAAGUCGCCUGAAGCUAUGUGGGAACCUUGCGAAAACAUGGAGAAGGCAUAUUGGUGUAAAUAUUCGAAACCUUCAAGUUACAACACACCACGGCCGUUCGUUGACGGAUGAGGAAAUAGCUGUUGUAACGUUUCACAAUCUUACAGAGGUUGAAACAAGCGUGAUAGAGCAUUACCUAGCAAGAGAAGUAGCUGCUGUAGCUCUCAGGAACAUCUCUGCAAAGUCUAAUCCUCAUUGCUUUUGCUCAACUAAAAAGAUCAAUGAUGUGUUUAUAAGAAGAGCUUUGGUAGACACAGGCUCCUUUAUCAACAUAUUGCCUAUGUCUGUGCUUACGGCAGCUGGUAUUCCAUUAACCAAAAUCGUGCAAUCUCAAACAAGCAUCAACGGUUUCGGGAAUAAGAGUAAGGUCACGAUCAGUCACAUGCAAGCCAUGGCUAAACAAACACAAACUUGUGGUCUCUACUUACCAUCAAUGCGUGAAGGGAUUGGGCUGAGGCCACUUCGCAUACCAGGAAAUCAAGCACCGUUCAACAAAAACGAAGUCCAUUACUCCGAGGCAGAAUUUUACAUCGAGUGCACAGGUGCCGGAAGUAACCCAUCUAAGGAUUUCGGGACCUACCUACCUUCAUGGACUGAAAUUUGUGAUCUGAGCAACGAGGAACUCAUAACCAUUGUCGAUCAAGAAAGAAAGAAACACUCGGAAGUCAACAACCAUGCUUAUGAUCAUCCCCAAUGCUCAAAAGUGACGCUGCCAAACAUACGCAUAGUCCCUGAGUAUGGAGGAGAAGGGAUGCAAGCAAACAACCAUAAGGGUCCAGAUAACAAGGCAUCCAUGCCUUGUGCUUUCCAGGAGCCAAUGACGGCACCCAGGCAUAUGCAAGAUGGUUCAAUGGCGGUGGCUGAGCAGCUAGAAACAAUUAAGUUGAGUGAUGAUCCCUCUGCCCAAAAGCCCAUCUCCAUCAGCAUUCACUUAACGAGUGAAGAGAAGGGAGCUUUGGCGUCUCUAUUAAGGGAAUUCCGAGAUGUAUUCGCAUGGAACUACGAGGAAUGCCAGGCUUAA